AUGAAUGGUACUUUCAAUGAGUCCUUUGUAGGAUCCAUCGACCAAGGAACGACGAGCUCGCGGUUUUUGAUCUUCAAUGAGCGUUGUGAGGUGGUUGCAUCCCACCAACUUGAAUUCACUCAGAUCUAUCCUCAGCCAGGUUGGCAUGAGCAUGAUCCACUAGAGAUUGUCGAAUCUGUUGAGAAAUGCAUAGACGGCGCCAUAGCAACCUUCCAGGCUAAAGGUCACAGCAUCAAUGCCAUCAAAUCUAUCGGCAUCACCAACCAACGAGAAACAACCGUUGUCUGGAAUAAAGAGACUGGCGAGCCUUUGUAUAACGCUAUCGUCUGGACAGACACACGCACCCAGGCGCUCGUACGGAAGCUGAAGGAGCGUGAGGGUCAUGAGAAACUUCAAUCACUUAGCGGCCUACCACUGUCCACCUACCCUUCGGCCGGAAAGCUGCUGUGGCUGAUCGAGAAUAUCCCUCGUGUGCGUGAUGCGUACGAGAACGGUACCCUCGCAUUCGGGACAAUUGACGCCUGGCUCAUUUAUAAACUAAAUGGUGCUACUGAGCGAGACGUCUUUGUGACUGACCCCUCCAACGCUUCCCGGACACUCUUCAUGAACAUCCAUACCCUUCAAUAUGACCCGGUCCUUUUAUCCUUCUUUCAUCUUGACCAAACCAAAGUCCAUCUCCCCACCAUAGUACACUCCUCUGACCCUAAGCGCUUCGGGUCACUCUCUUCCACGCUCCUAACUGGCACGCCGAUUACAGGUUGUCUAGGUGAUCAAUCUGCUGCCCUUGUCGGUCAAAAAGGCUUCUCGGCUGGCCAGGCCAAAAAUACGUACGGUACUGGUUGCUUUCUACUAUACAAUGUUGGCCCUAGUCCCGUGAUUUCUACGCAUGGACUACUCACGACAAUCGCCUUCGACUUUCAGGGCCAAGUAAGCUAUGCGCUGGAAGGUAGCAUCGCCGUUGGAGGUUCUAGUGUCAAAUUUCUAAAAGACAACUUUAAUUUUAUUAACGAGUCUGAGGAAAUUUCAGCACUGGCUGAGACUGUCGAAGACAAUGGUGGCUGCGUUUUUGUGACUGCAUUCAGCGGCCUGUUCGCACCAUACUGGAUCGACGACGCGCGUGGUACCAUCUUUGGUAUCACCACCUACACCAAACGCGGGCAUGUAGCACGAGCGACGCUAGAAGCAACUUGCUUUCAGACCAAAGCUAUCCUGCAGGCAAUGGAGAAGGAUAGCGGAAAGAAGCUAAGAGAGUUAGCAGUCGAUGGCGGAAUGUGUAAUAGUGAUUUGGCUAUGCAGACCCAAGCGGAUCUUAUAUCUAUCCCCGUGAACAGGCCCGCGAUGCGUGAGACAACGGCUCUGGGAGCUGCUAUCGCAGCUGGUCUCGCGGUGGGUGUAUGGUCAAGCCUUAAGGAUGUAGAAACAUUGAACGCCGACGGCCGAACAACAUUCAACCCGGCGAUGACAAAAGAUAAAGCGGACGGCAUGUUUGCCUUGUGGGAGAAGGCAGUAAACAUGACUCGGGGGUGGACUAACUAA